AUGGGUUCCCAAACUCUAGCGAACGAAUUCCUCACGGAGGGGUCAAGCAAACUGCGGCUGUCAGCCACGCUGGAAAUCAAUGAGCGUGUGCAGGAGCGCCUGAACCGCGGCAAACAAGUGGUACAUCUGGGAUUUGGAGAGGCAACCUUUCCUCUCCAAAAGGACGUUCUGGAAGCCCACCGCGUGGCCAGCCAGGACACAAGCUAUGUGUCCGUCGCAGGGUUGGCGACUUUGAGAAAGAAUGUGGCUCAGUUCCAAUCUCGUCGCCUGGGGUGUCCUAUCAGUCCCAAGCAAGUGGUCAUCGCGCCCGGGUCUAAGCCCCUACUCUUUGCUCUAUUUGACAUUCUACGGGGAGACGUGAUGCUCCCGCGCCCUUCAUGGGUCAGCUACGAGCCUCAGGUCGUUCAUGCUGGAAAACGUCUCUUUUGGGUCGAGACCGACGAGGAAGACCGACAUACAAUCACGGAAGCAUCCCUGAAUGCAACAUAUGACGAGGCAGUGGCCGAAGGCGGGGAUCCACGCAUCCUGCUUAUCAACAGCCCUUCCAAUCCGACAGGCCAGGCAUUCUCAGAGGCCACCAUUGAGAUAAUUACGCGCUUCUGUCGCAAGCAAAGCAUUACUCUCAUAAGUGAUGAGAUUUACUCAGAUAUCUGCUUCACAAAGGAAUUCCAGAUGAGCGCCUGCGCCAAUGGGCGGAUCAAUACCGAACAGACAAUUUUGACUGGCGGUCUUUCCAAGACAUACUCAGCUGGCGGCUGGCGCGUGGGCUUCGCCGUCUUCCCGGACACAGACUUUGGUGCUACAGUGCAAAGGACCGUCCUGGCCUACGCCUCCGAGUGUUGGUCUGCAGCCUCGGCCCCUGCACAGCAGGCUGCUGCCGUGGCUUUCGGUAUUACGCCAGCAAUGGAUCAGUACCGCGAACAGGUUACCGCGGUGCAUCAACACUGUACCUUCAGGCUAUACCUUGCCUUGAAAGACUGCGGGCUUGCCGUGCCCGAGCCCAAAGGCGCGUUUUAUGUGUACCCGUCCUUUCAUCCUUACGCAAGGCAGCUCGAAGCCACGGGCAUACAUACGAGCCUGGAGUUGUCCCGCUGGCUGAUUGAGGAGUGCGGCAUCGCGGCGUUGCCGGGCUCGGUAUUCGGCGAGAGUGACACCGGCAUUCGCGGUGGACGAUACCGGCUGAGAAUGGCGACGAGCUACUUGUAUUUUCGGGACCAGGAGGAGCGAUAUGCGAAAGGAUACGAGCUGCUGCAAUGCACCUCUAAGGAGGGAACCGAAAUCGAGCUGCCAUUGCUGGACGAAGCAAUAGCAGCACUGAAGAUGGCUUUGUCGAAGCUAAACGCUGUACGAUAG